AUGGGAGAAAAUUGCCCUUUGGAUCGAGAUAAACUUGGAUAUCAUACCUGGAGCCUAAUUCAUACGAUGGUAGCGUACUAUCCGGAUGAACCUACCCCUCAACAUCGGGCACAAAUUACUGAAUUUCUUAAAUUACUCGGCGACCUGUAUCCUUGUCGAGCUUGCGGUGAAGAUUUUUCUCGGCUAUUAAAUACUUGGCCACCGAUUACCGACUCCCAGUCAACAUUAUCCCAUUGGCUGUGUUUGAUACACAAUGAAGUUAAUAAAAAAACCAACAAACCAAUAUUUGAUUGUUCAUUAGUUGACGAAAGAUGGAAGUACGGAUGGAAAGACGGAAGUUGUGAUUAUUAA